AUGGCAGAAAUUCUCGGCCUGGCUUCCAGUAUCAUCACGAUAGUGGAGGUGGCUGGAAAACUCGGCACCAACGCCAUUCGACUCAAGCGAUUAUGGGACGAAGUACAGGAUGUCCCAUCUAGCAUUCAGAGAUGCAUCGAGCAAUUGGAGAUCUUGGCCCCCGCCAUCGAAGACAUGGACCACGAGUUUGAAAAGACUCGCAAUAUGAUACAGAACGACUCCGCUGCCAAGCGAAGCCUUGAAUAUUCACGGAAAGCGGCACAGACUCUCGACACUUUGGUCAGAGACAUGGAGACACAGAUCAGCGCGACAAAGACCAGUAGGAGACUGAUAACCCAACUCAAAGUCAGGAUCAAAAGAGACGUGAUUGAAGAUCACCAGCUUCGACUCACAUCAGCACUUCAACUGCUGUCUCUUUCCCAACAAACCUAUUUGAUUGCUUUAUCGCGCGCCCAACCGGAGAUCAUUAUUUCUGAGAUAAGAAGGUGGCGGGACUCAAAGCAUCAGAAACAAGUUUCAGUAGGCACAGAAGAACAUGGCCAGUCUGUACAAAGUGACGAACCUCGAGAGACACAGACCGGUGAGUCCCAAGACUGUUUCAAGUCUUAUGGAUCUCCCAACUUCAGUCUUUGGUCCGCUAGGAAGCCACUGCCGCGAAGGCGACCCGGUCCACUCGGGAGCUUCGCCUUCCAGUCUUAUGACAUUGUCGAAAGCCCUUCAAUCCAUUACGUGCCAGACAAGGCACGAUUCUUUCAAGCAAGGUUUCAGAUGUCUUGGUUUAUACAGAGAUCCUGGGACUUGUCAGUAAUUCGGGCAUCGACCGGGUGGGCUUUCCAAUUGAGCACUAGGAACAUUCGGCCCUGGAAUGCUAGAAUAUUCAAGGCUGUCCUAAAAGGGGAAUUUGAACAUAUUAUCGAACUUCUCAAGAACAAAGAGGCAUCAAUCUAUGACGUGGGCCCCUAUGGAGAGUCGUUGCUCGACAUUGCCACUGCUGGCGGAGAGACCGAAUCCAUCAAUGUCCUUAUCCUCAUGGGGAUGAGGAUUUCAGAAAUUGAACCGUCGUUUUUAUAUGGGCAUCUAUACUCGUCGUUCUAUGAUGAUCCUUCAGUAGAGAGCCCAAUGGAGCUUGCUCGUCAAUGGGGAUGCCUUCUGGAGAGUUCCAAGUGUAUACACUCUUUUAUCGGAGACAGCGCUGGUUCGUCAAGUGUUGCCCUCAUUUGA